GACACUUCCUGCUCAGCCAUUAUUGAAGCAGGGGUUGUUCGGAGGUGUGUCUGUCUGUGCUGUUUGCUGGUGCUUGGAGGUAGAAAGUAAGUUUUUCUCCGUAAUCGGAUCAUGGACGUCCCGGAAGGAGUCGCGGUUACUUUCGAAGAAGUCAGUGCUGCUUCUUUCCGUAUUCGCGAGGGCAUCAACAGAACGCCAUGCGACAGAUCUCACAUGUCAGCCCUGACGGGUAUGGAGAUAUUUUUCAAAAAGGAGUACCAGCAGUUCACGGGCAGCUUCAAGGAAAGAGGUGCCCGCAACACGUUCAUGCUCCUCACGCAGGAGCAGAGGCGUGCCGGAGUCAUCGCAGCAUCUGCUGGUAAUCACGCACUGUCUUUGGCCUAUCACGGCCGAGAUUUGAAUGUGCCAGUGACUGUAAUCAUGCCACUGACAGCACCUCUCAUGAAGGUAUCUCUAUGUCGACACUAUGAAGCCAAUGUUAUCCAGCGUGGAAAUGAUUUUGGUGAAGCCAAAGCGUACGCAAUGGCAAUGUCGGAGGAGAAGGGGUUGCAAUAUAUAAACGGUUAUGACGAUGUCCCGAUUCUGGCCGGACAAGGGACAAUGGGUUUGGAAAUCAUUGAACAAGUUCCUGACCUUGAUGCUAUUGUUAUACCAGUAGGCGGUGGUGGUCUGCUGGCAGGCACUGCACUGGCCAUCAAGUCUCUCAAACCGCAUGUCCAGGUGAUCAGCGUAGAAUCGGACAAGUGCCCCAGCUGGCAGGCUGCAAUGGAUGCCGGCCACCCCGUAGCCACCCCUGUUGGUCCCACACUUGCUGAUGGUCUCGCUGUCCCCACGGUUGGCUACAACGCAUUCAAGACGGCACAGAAGCUGGUCGACAAGCACAUCGUCAUAUCGGAGGACAAGAUUGCGCUCGCCAUCCUGCGCCUGAUCGAGAUGGAGAAGGCCGUUGUGGAAGGUGCCGGUGCCACUGCCCUGGCUGCUCUGCUCGGUGGUGAUCUGGACGAGCUGAAGGGAAAGAAAGUCGUGGUGCCACUGUGCGGUGGAAACAUUGACACCACUGUGCUGGGCCGCUGUUUGGAGCGCGGUCUUGCCGCCGACGGCCGUCUCAUUAAGUUUGUGGUAAGAGUGGAUGAUCGGCCGAAUGGCGUUGCCGAGCUGACUCGCAUCAUUGGCGGUCUCGGUGUUUCCAUCAAGGAUAUCUUCCAUGAGCGAGCGUGGGUGCGUAGUGAUAUCUUCAACGUCGACAUCAAAUGCGUGUGCGAAACGCGAGACUUUGCGCACAGCAAUGAGUUGCGGCUCGCUCUGGAAAAGUCUUAUCCCAAUCGCGUCGACUGGAGUUCACAGAUCCACACCUGAGCCUGCUGGUCGAGCUACAAUGAGCAGAAAAUGAAUCUUCAGAGAUGUGCCCUCAUCUCCCAUUCAACUACUAUGUGUUCGUAGACUGAACUCUUUCCCUCAAACUAGUGAAGACUGAACUGUGUGGUUUUAUUCUCUAGGUACUUUUGAGACUUCUUCUCCUACUUUCUUCCCUCUUGUUUUAGAUGCUCCCUGACCGGCCUUGUCUUUCAACAAUUCUAAUUCUAAUAAUUUAUAAAAUGUCCCAUGGCCACACAUGGCAUGGGCCAUCCAUAACAUGGGUUUUUACCCUUGAUGAUAGCAAGAGUACAUAACCCCUCCAUGUACUCUUGAUGACAGUCAAUGGUUAACAAUUCCUUUCCUCUGAUGUUUCACAAACCGUACCGAUGACGAACAGAUGCCCAAGUAACGUAUUGCCAUGUAGUACGCAUGCAGGCAUUCACACUUUCCUGCUUGCAAACAUUCACACUUUUAGUUUGUUUUACAUGUAGGCUACUUUAUCUGAACAGCAGAAAACAGAGGUUUGACCAAGACAUCAUUGUUUGCUACUGGUAUCUGUGCUGAGCUGAACAUAGUCGACUAGUCGUUGCCGUCGUCUUGUAAAAUCAUGUACUUGCUAAGCAUGUGCACAAUUCAACCACUCUUACCACAGUGCCAUUUUAAAAGCAUUGUCAUGAUGCCAGUUUGAAAUUGUU